AUGGCUUGGAGUCCGACCCGUGUUAUGCUCAAGGCCGUCUUGGCCUUAAAGUUCGCCAUCUACGCCAUCGUAAUGUUUGUUCAGAUACUAGGCGAACUGUUCGCGGCCAGCUCUCGAGGCCGAACUCUACCCUCUCCAGCCCCCCGCAAGAACCGCGAACUGCAGAACAUUGUCAUCGUCGGCGCGUCUUUCGCAGGCUAUCAUGCGGUUCGCAUCAUUGCCACUACACUGCCCCCCAACACUCCGUAUCGAGUUAUUAUGAUCGAGCCCCAUUCUCACUUCCACUUCACGUGGGUCCUUCCCCGAUUCUGUGUUGUCGAUGGAGCUCACAAGGCCUUCAUCCCGUACGGACCGUACCUCAAUGGUGCACCUGAGGGGAGAGUGCAAUGGAUACAAGACCGUGUCGCCGAGGUCGGUCGGGCGACCGUACGGCUGGCCAGGGACGGCGAGGUGAUCCCGUACGCCUUCCUUGUCAUUGCCACGGGCUCGGGGGCGAACGACGGGUUGCCAUCGCGCGUGGGUGCCGAUGAGAAGCGGGAAGGACUGCAUCAGCUGGAAACCAUACGGACAAGAAUCCGGGACUCGAAGAACCUUGUCAUCGUCGGUGGAGGUGCUGCCGGCGUCGAGCUAGCGGCCGAUGCGAAGCACAACUAUCCCGAGAAGAAUAUCACACUCGUGCACUCGCGUGACGCUGUCUUGCAUCGCUUUGGCCCCGAGCUCCAGCUUGCUGCAACCAAGGCGUUAACAAGUCUCGGCGUCGAGUUGAUUCUCGGGAACAGAACAACGGGCAACGACAUUGGAAGUGGCGCUGUGAGCCUGACCUCUGGAAGGACGGUGGAAUGCGACUUUCUGGUGCGUUUAGCUAAGGCCCUGGACGAAAUGAUGACUAACCCAAGCAACCAGGUCAACUGUUCAGGCCAGAGACCGUCCUCGGCACUCAUAUCUAAUUUGAGUCCGAAAGCUAUCUCACCGACGGGACACAUAGGUGUCAAAUCAACCUUGCAGAUCAGGGAUGACAGCUUGCCUAAUGUCUACGUCUGCGGCGACGUCGCAGACGCCGGUGUGCGCAACCCUAAUGCACGCGUUGCCAUGCACCAGGCCACAACGGUAGCGAACAACAUUGUGCAAGCCGCGACGGGAAAUAGUCCCGCAGAGACAUACACGCCGUUCUGGGCGGACAGUAUCAUAAAACUGACACUGGGCCUCACCAGAUCCGUUUCUCACCUCAGCGACGGAAAGGCCGAGCUGCUGUGGCCAACCAAGGAGAAGGACUUGGCCUUGAUGUCGGCGAAGGCAUGGAGGCGGAUGGGUGCCACGCCGUUCGAAGACCACGAGGUGCCGCCUGCAAUGACAAGACUUUGA